CGCCCCUGACCUCGUGCUCCCGUUUCCACAUCGUCCCGGCCUCUCGACCCAGCUAAACGCCGAACCCUAGAAUUAGAAAAAUUCCCCAACUCGAUCCGCCGCCUCGUCGCGACAUGGCCGAGCACGAUGAUCGCUACGACGGCAACGGCGACCCCGCGGCCGCCUACGCCCAGGCCGACUACGGCGCCGCCCCCGCCGGGGGGUCCCCGGCCGCCAAGCCCACUGGCUUCUCCGACCACGCCGACGGCCGAUCCUCCCAGCCCCAGCAGGAGACACAGUCACAUGAUAGCAGGUCCUCGAAAUCUAGAGAAAGAGACAGAGAACGUGAGAAAGGCAAGGACAGGGAGCGUGAUAGGGGUGACCGUGUUAGGGAUAGUAGGGAGAGAGUGGACAGGGAUAAGGACCGUGACAGGAGUGACCGUGGUGACCGGGACAGAGAUCGUGAUCGCCACCAUAGGGAGCGCCGUGAACGAAGUGAGAAAAGGGAACACCGUGAUCGUUCUGAUGAUCGUGACCGUCACCGGAGCCAUGAUUCUGAAAGGAGAAGAGACCGCGACAGGGAUGGUCACCGUAGGCAUCGGUCUCGCUCCCGCUCCCCUUCUAAGAGUCGUGACCGCGACCGUGACCGCAGAUCUAGGUCUCGUUCACGCUCUCGUUCAAAGAGCAAGCGAGUGAGCGGAUUUGACCAAGCACCACCACAACAGACAAUUCCUAUAGUUAGUGCUGGUGCAGCCCCAGGUCAGCUGCCUGGAGUUGCUGUUGCUAUUCCUGGGAUGCUUCCAAACAUGUUUAACUUCACUGCAGGACAGUUCAACCCCCUUGUUAUGCAGCCACAAGCCAUGACACAACAGGCUACUCGACAUGCUCGGCGCGUGUAUGUCGGCGGACUUCCUCCAUCUGCUAACGAGCAGUCAGUUGCAAUAUACUUCAAUCAGGUUAUGGCUGCUAUUGGUGGAAACACAGCCGGUCCAGGUGAUGCUGUUCUUAAUGUCUACAUAAACCAUGACAAGAAAUUUGCUUUUGUGGAGAUGAGAUCUGUGGAGGAAGCAAGCAAUGCCAUGGCCUUAGAUGGCAUAAUGUUUGAGGGCGCACCAGUGAAGGUUAGAAGGCCAACGGACUAUAAUCCUUCCCUAGCAGCUGCGCUGGGCCCAAGCCAGCCAAACCCCAAUCUCAAUCUUGCUGCUGUUGGCUUAACUCCUGGCUCUGCUGGAGGAUUAGAAGGUCCAGACCGUAUCUUUGUGGGUGGUCUCCCCUAUUACUUCACUGAGGCCCAAGUGCGGGAGUUGCUUGAGUCCUUUGGACCUCUGCGUGGAUUUGAUCUUGUGAAGGAUAGGGAAACUGGUAACUCGAAGGGCUAUGCCUUCUGUGUGUACCAGGAUCUUUCUGUUACCGACAUUGCCUGUGCUGCUCUUAACGGUAUCAAGAUGGGAGACAAGACCCUUACUGUUAGGCGUGCAAACCAAGGUGCUGCUCAGCCUAGGCCAGAGCAAGAAAGCAUUCUGUUGCAGGCACAACAACAGGUGCAAAUGCAGAAGCUAGUCUACCAAGUUGGAGGAGCCCUGCCAACCAAGGUCGUAUGCCUGACGCAGGUAGUUACAGCAGAUGAACUUAGAGAUGAUGAGGAAUACGAGGACAUUGUGGAGGACAUGAGGGAGGAAGGCCGCAAAUACGGUAACUUGGUGAAAGUUGUAAUUCCACGGCCCGAUCCCAGCGGUGCGCCUGUUGCUGGAGUUGGGAAGGUGUUUUUGGAAUAUGCAGAUGUGGAUGGCUCGACAAAGGCAAAGACAGGGAUGCACGGGAGGAAGUUUGGUGGGAACCAGGUGGUCGCCGUGUUCUACCCCGAGAACAAGUUCGCUGCUGAGGAGUACGAUGGAUAAAAUCCAAGUCAUAGCUGUACUGCAUAUUGCAUCGUUUAUCGUAGUUUAAGAACCAUUCCUAAUUUCCCAUGUUUAAUUCAAACCAUAUUGUAGCUAAGUUUUUGUGCAGAACCAUCAGUUACCUAGUUUUCCAUGCUAAAUUUGAACCAUACUGUCGUCAAGUUUCGUGCAGAACAAUCAGUUGGAUGUACUGCUUAGACGGUUAGAUGAAAGAAUUUAUUUGCUGUUUAUCCU